AUGUCCAUGGCAGAUGACGCGUCGCAUAAGCGACGCAAAAUCCAUGCUCAGCCAGGUUCAUUCACUGAUACGCUAGCAAAUCUAGAUGAUGCACAGACUGAUCCCAGCGCGACAUGGGAACGGCCGCCACUUGCACCACUGGACGCGACUCAGCACAGCGUGGUGUUCCAGCAAAUUGACGUGGAAGAGUGCCAGCUAUCUCAUGCGGUACCAGAGAUUCGCAUGUACGGCGCAACGCAGGAAGGGCACCCCGUCUUGGUACAUGUGCACGGAUUUCUCCCCUACUUUUACGUACACGCGCCCCGUGGCUUUUUCGCAUCUACGUGUGCGGACCUGAAGAAUUCAGUCAAUGCAUCGUUUGGAAUGAAUGUAGUAGCGGAUGUGGCGCUUGAAAGCAAAAAGAAUCUGAUGCAGUACACGGGCCCUGAAAGCAUUGCCUUUCUGAAAAUUACGGUGAGUGAUCUACGUUCCUUGCCGCGUGUGCGAGGCGCGUUUGAGCGCGGCGAGAUUUCGUUUCGUGACUUGUUUGUCGCUGGUGAGCCGAAUGUAUCGUUUGACAACGUGGCCUAUACGCUCCGCUUCAUGAUUGAUCACCAGGUGGUGGGUAUGAACUGGAUUGAGAUUCCUGCUGGCCGAUAUACCCUUCGAGCGCCGAACGAGCGUAUUUCACGGUGCCAAAUUGAGCUCGACUGUGGGCCGGAUGCGAUCGUGUCGCAUGCGCCCCAUGACGAGUGGCUCAAGAUGGCGCCGCUGCGUACGCUCAGCUUCGAUAUUGAGUGUGCGGGUCGGAAAGGUGUGUUUCCGGACCCGAACGUGGACCCUGUCAUUCAGAUCGCGAAUAUGGUGACGCGGCAAGGCGAGUCGGCGCCCUUUGUAAAGAACAUUUUCACGCUCGGCUCGUGUUCGCACAUUGUGGGGUGCCAUGUGAUGUCGUUUGACACGGAAGUCGAGCUUCUCGAGGCGUGGUCUGACUUUGUGCAGCGUGUGGAUCCUGAUGUGGUCAUUGGGUAUAACAUUUCCAACUUUGACUUCCCCUACCUGCUGGACCGUGCCAAGGCUCUGAAAGUGACCACGUUCCCGUUUCUAGGUCGUGAAAAGAAUGCGCGCAGCGAGGCCAAAGACACACACUUCUCAUCCAAGGCGUACGGUACGCGCGACUCGAAGCACACAGAAUUGCAGGGCCGUAUCCAGCUGGAUAUGCUGCAAGUCAUGCAGCGAGAUUACAAGCUGCGCAGCUAUUCGCUGAAUUCUGUGUCGUUCGAGUUUCUGAAGGAACAGAAGGAAGAUGUGCAUCACUCGCUCAUCACCGAGCUGCAGAACGCGGGGCCAGAGACUCGACGCCGAUUGGCCGUGUACUGUCUGAAGGAUGCCUAUUUGCCGCAGCGAUUGAUGGACAAGCUCAUGUGUCUGAUCAAUUACACAGAAAUGGCGCGUGUCACAGGCGUGCCGUUCAACUACCUCCUGAGCCGUGGUCAGCAAAUCAAGGUGAUAUCGCAGCUAUUCCGCAAGGCGCGUGAAGAUGGCUACUUGAUCCCCGCGUACAAAAAUGAGGGCGGCGACGACCAGUAUGAGGGUGCCACGGUCCUAGAUCCUAAGCAGGGCUACUAUGACAAGCCCAUUGCCACGCUGGAUUUUGCGUCGCUGUAUCCGUCUAUCAUGAUGGCGCACAAUCUGUGCUAUACGACGCUGAUCGACAAGCGCACCAUUGAGCGGCUGGCACUGGUCGAAGGGCAGGACUAUGUCGUGACGCCGAACAAGAACUAUUUCGUCACGACCUCGCGUCGAAAGGGCCUGUUGCCCGAUGUGUUGGAGCAUUUGCUGGCAGCACGUAAAGCGGCCAAGGCCGAUCUUAAGAAGGAGACAGAUCCGCUGCGGCGUGCGGUGCUGGAUGGUCGUCAGCUUGCGCUGAAGGUGAGUGCGAAUUCCGUGUACGGUUUCACUGGUGCGACGGUCGGCCGUUUGCCAUGCCUGGAGAUUUCCAUGAGUGUCACCGCGUAUGGCCGUCAGAUGAUUGAGGAGACCAAGCGCCAAGUCGAGGCGCGGUACACGAUCAAGAACGGCUACGCCCAUGAUGCGGUCGUCAUAUACGGUGACACAGACUCGGUGAUGGUCAAGUUUGGCGUGAGUCACGUCGAGGAGGCCAUGGCACUUGGUGCGGAGGCGGCCGAGUACGUGAGCAAGUCGUUUGUCAAGCCGAUUCGACUUGAGUUCGAGAAGGUCUACUUUCCCUACUUGUUGAUCAACAAGAAGCGGUAUGCUGGUUUGUACUGGACGCGUCCAGAGACGCACGAUAAGAUGGACACCAAGGGUAUCGAGACGGUGCGCCGUGACAAUUGCCGACUCGUGCGCACGGUGAUUGAGACGUGUCUGCGCAAGAUGCUGAUUGACCGGGACGUGCGUGGGGCGGAAGACUAUGCCAAGCAAGUGAUUGCCGACCUGCUGCAGAACAAGAUUGACAUGUCGCAGCUGGUGAUAUCCAAGGCGCUUGCCAAGGCGGACUAUGCGGCGAAGCAAGCGCAUGUCGAGUUGGCUGAGCGCAUGCGCAAGCGUGACGCUGGCUCAGCGCCCGCGUUGGGCGACCGUGUGGCGUAUGUGAUUGUCAAGGGAACGAAGGGCAGUGCCGCGUAUGAAAAGUCCGAGGAUCCACUGUAUGCGCUGGAGCACAAUAUUCCGAUCGACACGCGCUACUAUCUCGACAACCAGCUGUCCAAGCCGCUGUUGCGUAUCUUUGAGCCGAUUCUCGGCGAGCGGGCCAAUAGCCUGUUGAGUGGCGAGCAUACCCGCGUUCUACAAGUCGCCACGUCGAAUGUGGGUGCGCUCAUGAAGUUUGCGGUCAAGACGGUGCAGUGCCUGGGGUGUCGUACGCCGCUCAAGGAUCAGCAUGCGGCCGUGUGCUCGAACUGCAAGCCGCGUGAGACGGAGCUGUACUUUGACAAGGUGCGGCGUGUGAGUGAGGCUGAGAUGGAGUUCAACCGGCUGUGGACGUGCUGCCAACGGUGUCAGGGUUCGCUGGCGAAUGACGUCUUGUGUUCGAACCAAGACUGCCCGAUUUUCUUUAAGCGCAAGCGGGCGCAGAUGGACGCGGAGGAUGCGAAUCAUGUCGUGCAGCGCUUUGAUCUAUCGUGGUAA